AUGGCCAACCCCUUGAGUUCAGCAUGGCGCUCUUUCUGGCACACGAUGACUUCGUACGAUCGCCAUGCGUCCCACGACUCGCCUUAUCGAACCGGUAAACAUGUGCCGCUCAGUCAGAGUCGCCAUGAGCCGCUCACCUCCAUCGCGACCAGCGCCAUUGAAUCCCGUCCCGACCUCACGGAUUCCUACGAAGAUGACCACCCCAAGGGGUCGACGAGUUCCAAUUCCAAUGGCUGGACCGGCUCCCCCACGGGCAUCGGCUCUCCCAAUCGUCCCUACUCCCCCGGCAUGCGAUCGUACUCGUCCCAGAAGCGGCGGUCCACCGAUCCCGGCACAGAUGGCGCCCCGGAAAUCCAAAUGCAGAGUUUCCACGACGGAGCCCCUCCCCCGCCCCCCGUGGCCCAUUCGUGGAGAAAGAUCGAGCGGUGGCUGGAGGACAAUUACGAGGAACUGUACGAUAACCUCUGCGAAGGGUGUACGCAGAAUGACAUCAACGAAUUGGAGCAUGAACUGGACUGCAGCCUGCCACUGGAAGUGCGGGAAUCGCUGAUGGCCCACGACGGACAGGAGCGUCCCGGACUGCCGACAGGAGUGUUCUUCGGCUGUAUGAUCCUCGACUGUGAGGAGAUUGUGCAAGAAUGGAAGAACUGGAGGACCGUCAACGAUGAGUAUUUCGGCGUUCCCGGCAUGCUCAACCCCCCUCCGCUCCCCAAGGCCACCGCAAGCUCCUCAUCGGCCGCGCCGCCGCCCCAGGGUUCGAACCCGCUCUGGAGGCAAGAUCUCCUGGAGCGACAGGACUCGCAGCCCCCCGGUGCCGUCCAGAAGGCUUACGUCCACCCGGCCUGGAUCCCUCUCGCGCGGGACUGGGGUGGUAACUGCAUUGCCGUGGACCUUGCCCCUGGGCCCGCCGGGAAAUGGGGCCAAGUCAUUAUCUUCGGUCGGGAUUACGAUUGCAAGUAUGUGAUCGCACGGUCCUGGGCCUCCUUCCUCGCAAUCUUCGCCGACGAUAUCUGCAGUGGCAAGGCCCAUGUCGACGAAGACUCAAACGAGCUCAAGCUCUUGGAGUUCAAGUCCCAAGGGGUGGAGCCGCCCUACCUGGAGAUCCUCCGCUGGCGGACUGAUCAGAAAUAUGGCCGGAAGCCGCCACGCCGCAAGGCUCCGAAUGGACUGGGCCUGAGUACGGGCAAAUCGGGCAAGGAAUCGCCGUAUGGAAGUCCGACGCCGACCGAAGAACGCGGCCGAUCGCCUCAUCGCUUCCCCAACCGUGGAUCUACGCAGAGCCCCAAGACCCAAUUUGGCAUGUCGAGUCCUCUGGCUCGGGUGACGGAGGAAGCCCCCAGUCCGGUGCAUACCACAGCAGAGACGGGGCUGCCCGAAAGCCAGUCGAAAGGCGACGUCAACGAGACCUCCAGUGAAGACCUGAUGGAGGUCGCGACGCCGCAGAUCUCGGGCAAAGAGAACGAGGGUGUGCGCGAGAAUGACGACCACAAACCGUCUGAAACAGAGAAAGCGCAAAAGCGCGAGUCAAAUCCAGGUGCCGCCGGAAGCACGUUGGAUACAGAGGUCUUGAGUGAGAUGAAGAAUGUCGCGAUCUAG